AUGAACAAGCUCAAGUUUCUUUUAAACCGAUCCAGCCAGCUGUCUAACGAGAUAACUAAUAAAAAUGUGUUGGAGCGUAUACAGCCGGCACUGCGUGACCUUGGCUCGGAGAUUGCGAAGCAUACAGAGCCCGAUGCCUUCUUUCUCUGCGACCUGCGGGACAUAGCCAACAAGGUCAACCUUUGGAGAGAAUGUCUUCCAAGGGUUGUGCCCUAUUACGCUAUCAAGUCUUGUCGAGACCCCGUGGUAUUGAACAUCCUCAACAAUCUAGGCGUCAGCUUCGACUGCACCAACAAGCUUGAAAUGACCGCUGUUCUGAACAUGGGCGUUUCUCCAGAUCGCAUAGUGCUUGCCAGCACCGUAAAGGAUCCGAGGGACAUUGAAUUCGCUCUCAAACAUAAAGUCACCUUUAUGACAUUUGAUUCAGUGGAAGAGCUCUCCAAAGUCGAAGGCAAAAACGUGAGGUUUCACGUGGGAAGCGCCUACGAGUUUUCUGAGAUCUUCCAUAACACAAUCGAAAAGGCAAAAGCUGUAUUUGAUUUGGCAAAGAGCAUGGGCAUUCACAUGACAGUACUUAACGUUGGUGGAGGCUUUCCUGGAGGACUGAGAAAAGUUGAGAAGUUUAUUAAGAUAUGCUUCAACCUGUGUUCAGAGUUUAUGCAGGAAGUCUUCUCCAGUCCGGACGAUAUUUCACAAGUGAUGAAAUUCCUCUGGUCAUGGAGGACCAGAAUGAUGAUUACUUCCGUUUGCAUGCAGGUGUGCGAGAAUAUUCGUUCGGCGACCGAUCUUCACUUCCCGGCGUCGAGUGGCGUAAAGAUCAUCGCAGAGCCUGGGCAGUUUUUCAUCACAUCAUGCUAUGUGCUCGUCGUCCAGGUGAUUGGCAAAAGGCACAGAGAUAUCUUAGUGGAUGGAAUCAGUCAACCUCAUCAAGACGUGUUCAUCAAUGAAUCGAGAAACAACUGCGUAUCGCGUCCUCUUUACGACUUCUUGGACGUGCGAUACUGGCCACUGGAGGAGCCACUGGAGAGGGCGCACAACCAGCUGACUACAGUUUGGGGAGGCACCUGCGACCCAAUGGACUGCCUCGAUAAUGCCAAGCCGCUAUUCGAUGUCCGCGUUGGCGAGUGGUUGCUUAUGGACAACAUCGAUGCGUUUCACAUCGUCGAAGGAUGGUUGCACGGAGGCGAACAGCAGAACUACUAA